AUGGGAAGACAAGCCCACGAAGUAGCCAUCCGAGGUCUCUCCCCACCCUGCGGCCGCACUUGCUCGAUCGCCGGCGCCGACGCCGCCCGCUUCGCUGCUUUAGCUCGCCUUGAAGCUCUUGAGAGCGACAAUGCCGGUGUUGAGGUGGUAGAUCUUAAUGAUGAUGAGUACGGAUCCACGGAUGAGGAAGACCCUGUCCUUAUGCAAAAGAAGCAGUCAAAGAUUAUGAAACGCAAGACAAGGCAAGGGAAAGCUUUGGAGAAAAAGGCGGCAAGUAUUCAUGGAUGUCUUACAAGAAGUUACUUAAAUACAUUUUCACUCUGGAACUAUGAGAGACAAAUCUGGAAUCCCUUCCUCCUCAUGUCCCAACAUAUUUGA